UUUGCCUCUUGUUGCAGGGGGGAGCCAGACAAGUGUGACCAUUAUGGCAACACAGCUUUGCACUGCUCCUCCGCUCGAGGACACAUGUCCUGCGUCUCCUUCCUCGUCAACUUCGGUGCCAACAUCUGGGCGCUGGACAAUGAGUUCCACACCGCCAAGGAGCUCGCCGCCAUGAACAACAAGGACGAGAUACUCCGCUACCUUGACACUGUCUCCGCCAAGCAGAGCAUGUCUGACCCUAAGCAAGUAAAGAAGCUUCAAGACAAGGCCCAGAAGGAUGCAGAUAAGCGACGGAAAGAGUUCGACAAGAUCCAGAAGAAAGCUGGCAAGAAACGAGAGGAGGAGAAUGUCAAACUGCAGAAGGAGAGACAGAAAAUAGAGACCCAUGAAGAGAAGCCACAAAGUCGCCACAAGAGUCUCAUGAACACCAUCUCGCGGGGCUCCAUAGCAUUCCUCAAUGGUUCCAGGAAAGACUCUCGCGUCCUCCACAACAAUGCCUACAACAGCCCCAAGUUCUCUGACCUCACUACCUCCAACAACAUGGCAAAAAAGACUUUGGGAGGCAUACAGAAGAAGAUAAUCAGGAAGAAAGUCCUUGAGGAGACAAAAACCUCAGGUGACUUCAAGGUACGAGAGGUGGAGUCGGAUGGCAAGAGGUCAGUCCGUAACUUGUCCGGUCUUCGUCGGGACUCAGAGAUCAUGUUCGUGCCAGGAGGGAGUCUGAGCAGCACCAACAAUGGCAAGAGAGGGAAGAUUAGUGAUGUAUUUGACAGCAGUGAUGAUAACAGAGAGAGGCCAAUUCAUCGAACUCUUAGCCAACCAGACUUCAUAUUUGAUGGUUCUGACCAGCCCAACAUGCAGUCACGGGGUUCACUCUUUGCUAGACCAGGCUUCGGCUCUGUUGCAUUCAGGUCAAACUCAAUUACAGCAACACUAAGCAGCUUAGGUACCAGUGGUAGUGACUCUCCAAGGGCUUCUUCUGCAGCUGAUUCUUCCAGUUCCUUGGCUCACAGACGAGCUGCUCAACCCUGGGAGGAGGAGGAUCUUCCAUCUGAUGAUGAUAGUGAGGCGACUCCAGUGUACUUGUUCCUUGCUGCUGCUGGCCUAACAGACUUCAUCCCAACAUUUGCCAAAGAACACAUAGACCUUGAUGCUCUUAUGUUAUUGAGUGAAGAAGAUUUAGUAAGCAUGAAAUUACCAAUCGGACCUCGUAGAAAACUCCUCAAGGCCAUCGCUGACCGCAAGUCUGCCAUAGAAGAUCCCGGUGAAGUUCAAGACAGUCAACUCUGAGGAAGCCGUAUGCAAUAAUUUUCUCAGAUAUGUUGCAAUAUUGUAAUGUUUUCUAUGUCCACUUUGCAGUACAUUCCAAACUUAAUUUUUUAUCAGUGUUUGACUAAGUCAUGCCAGAAGUGUAAACAAGAGAAUAUCUGUAAUAUACACAUGUGUGGGUUGUCUCAGGAAACUUGUACUUCAAGUUUAUGAAACAGAAAUGUGCAGAGACAAUACAGACUAUUAACCUCGGUUUAAUAGUUUCUGAUGUUGGUAAACUCUGCUGGCACAGAACACUUAUAGUUUCAGUAUGAUGUCAUAGUAAGAUUAAUUUAUUUUAUUGUGAGAAAUUUUCUUACAUUUUAUUAUUGUAAUUUUGGUAAAGUAUUUGUGACAGGCCAAAGUCAACCAUUAUAUACUAAAAUAUUUUGUACUUCUGAAUACCUGUCUAGUACUGUAUACUGUACUGUACUGGAUUAGAUUUUAAAAUUCAAGUACAGUACUUCAUAUUGAUUAUGCCAGUGUAUAUAUAUAAAAUAGUAAAUAUGAGUGUGUGUAUAUAUGUAUUUUGGGAAAUACUGUACAGUACGUACUGUAAUAUAACAGCACUGCAAGAAGGCAUCUUUCAUAAAAAAGAACUUGUAAAUUUAGAUUUACAGUAACUUUUGACAGGAACCUUAAAAGUAAACUGGUAAAUAUGUAAACCCUUAUGUGGUGAUUGAUAAUUAAAAGUACAGUACCAUAUGUAACAUUUAAUUUUGUAUUUGAAUAUACAGUACCUGUACAGUACUGUAUUAGAUAAAGUAAUUACUGAGACUGGUGAUCAGUGACAGUCACACUCAACAUACCUGCUGUUUAUAUCACAGUCUUACAGUUACUCCCUCCAGUGUACAGUCCAGUAGUGGAAGAAGACUUCCACACAUUGCUUUAUCCUUUAAGGAACUGUGGGUAAAAAUUUAAUCAAAAGUACAUAUAUAACACAUUACAUGUACUACACAUUAUUAUGGUAUAUACUAUACUACACAUACAUGUACUAUAAACUACAUAUAGUACACACUACAUGUACUAUACAUACGUGUACUACAAACUACAGGUACUAUACAUACAUGUACUACACACUACAUGGGUACUAUACAUACAUGUACUGCACACUACAUGUACUAUACAUACAUGUACUACACA